UCUCGUUUCUCGAGCCCUCCUAAAUUUGAAUUCGAAAAAAACCCUAAACGAUCGCUUUCAUUUCCUCUCGAUCUGCCGCUUGCAUUCUCCCUUAUCUCCUCGCGUUGAAGUGUGCAUCUCCCGUUUACCUCAGCCAUAAAAAAAUCCUAGAAAACCCUAAACCUCAUACCUUCCAUCCUCUCGUUUGCCACAGGACCAAGAAAAAUUCCAAGAAACCGAGGCAUAGCAUACCAAUAAAAGCAAUGGCCAAGAAGAAAGUGUCCAACACCCACCAACAGAACCCGCAUCAGAAGCAAGAGCAACUCGUUCAGAUCCCGCGGCAGGACUCGGAAGCUAUGGAGAGUGAGGCCUCAGUUAAGCUAGAAAGUCUCAAGUCUCUGAAUAAGAGGCUUAUUGAGGAGGCAGUUGAGCGCCGCCAACAGGUGGAUUCGCUCAUGCAAUCGAAAGUGUCUCUGGAAUCGGAACUUACUCGGUCUAACUCGGAGAUGGAGGUGUUGCGGAAAGAGCUGACUGAGGUGAGUGAGAGGGUUGUGAACUUGGAACUGGAAAGGAGUGUUGUUUCUGUGUUUGUUGCUUUGGAGGUGGAUCACCAGACUGAGGUGGUUGAGGGGAAAACCAAGGGAUUGGAGAGUAAAAUAAAGGAUUUGUUAAGGGUGAUUGACGAAAAUGAACGCAGAAUCGGGUUGUUGAAUGAGAAUUUGAGCGUGACUGGAGGAGAAUUGGAAUCUGAGCGAGAGAGUUCGAGAUGGGUUAUUGAAGAGAGGGAUGAAAUCAAGGGUAAGCUUGAUGUGCAAAUAGAAGUGGCCAAUGGAUUGAGGGCGAAUUUGGUUGAACUGGAGGAAGGGAAAAAACUGAUCGAGCAAGAAAUAGAAAUAUUGCAGGUCCAAUAUAAUCGUUCCAUGGAUGAAAAACAAGAGAGGGAGAGGAAAAUGGAGGUAAUGAUGAGUGAAAAAAAAUUGGUCGACAAGAGUUUAGUUGAGUCGAAUAAGUUGAUCGAGGAAAUGAAGAAAGAGAUUCAGGAAAUUAUCAAGGAAAAACAAAGAAUUGAAGAAGAGAAAAAAAUGGAAAUAUUGAAGGUAAGUGAGUUGGAGAAUGUGGUGAUUGGACUGAAUGAGAAGGUGACGAGUUUGCUAAACGAGGAGGAAAAGUUGCGUGUAAAUGUAGCCGAGUUGGAGAAGAAAUGCACUGAAGGUGCGGAGAAGGAAAAGGAUAUGGGAAGGGAGAUUGAUGAAUUAAUGAAGGAAAAGAAGCUGAAUGAGAAGAUC